AUUCAAUUUAAAUCCCAUUUCCUUAUCCGGGAAUCAUCAGAAACCUUGCUAUUGGCUAUCCCGGUCACAUGGAUUUCUAACUUUGUUCACUUGACAGUAAGUAGGAGGGUUUUACGAAACAGGAAAACGAGUAAAGGAUAGGAAUAAAUUUAGUAUAUUUUGUGAGCAAUUCAAAGAAAUUAAUGGCCAUGAGUUCUUUUUUGAUCAACUCCAACUAUGUGGACCCCAAGUUUCCGCCUUGCGAAGAAUAUUCUCAGAAUGAUUACCUUCCCAGCCACUCUCCAGAGUACUAUAGCAGUCAAAGACGAGAGUCAGGCUUCCAACAUGAGGCGAUGUACCAGCGGUCAGCCUGCAACGAACAGAUCUACUCCUCCUGCCAGGGCGCUGGACACCAGCCGCCAAUUCUGUCACCUCGGGGUCAUGUUCAUCCACACGCCGGACUCGGGAGGAAUCUACCCGAACAGAGUAGUCAAUGUGAGUCGGCUAGUCCUAGCCCACCGCCCUCCUGUAGCCAAAAGUCAAUGACCCAAAGCACUUCUCCUAGCUCUUCCUGCAAAGAACCAAUAGUUUACCCUUGGAUGAAAAAAGUCCAUGUAAACACUGUAAACCUGAAUUAUACAGGAGGUGAGCCGAAGCGGUGCCGUACUGCAUAUACCAGACAGCAAGUGUUAGAGUUGGAGAAGGAGUUUCAUUAUAAUCGGUAUCUAACCCGGAGGCGCAGAGUUGAAAUCGCUCACUCUCUCUGUCUCUCUGAGCGCCAGAUCAAAAUAUGGUUCCAGAACAGGAGAAUGAAAUGGAAGAAGGACCACAAACUCCCCAACACAAAGAUACGGUCUAAUCCUUCAUCCACUUCUAAUUCGGCUGGUAAUCAUUUGUUACAAGGGUGCGCCCAGAACCAUUCCAGCGCACCAUCAACCAACCUAUAGCUGUUUUUAACCAAGUAUUUUACACUAAGAACUGUUCCCCAAGACUAAACAAAGGGGUCUUUUAUUUAUAAAAGGGAGAAUAUUCAGCUAAAGGACGCAUUUGUUGUUUCACUCUUCCAUUUAAACGAGAAUGUGGAGUGCUUUUAUAUUUGGCAAAGAUGGAUCCAUGUUUCAUCUUUAAUCACGCCAAACUCUGCCCCAUUUGUCAUGUUUACUCUUCGGUACAAAGGAUGAACCUUAUGUCUGCCAUUACCUCGACAGCCAACGCUCACUUUAAUAAAUGAGCUUCCAUUUCUUCACUGCGAACUGUUUUUCCCGCUAUCACUCAUGAAAAUACAAAUAUAAAACUGAUAAAAUGUAUAACAUGUAACAAGUAAUAGCAAAACGAAACAUAAACUCCAGUGAGUUUGACCUGUCUGCUAGGAUGAUUUAUGUAUGUUAUUCAUUUUUUAUGGACCUGGAUGUAUUACUUUUGUAAAGGAGUGGGGUACAAAAACCGAAAAGCUGAUAGCAAUUAAAAAGGAAUUAAUGAGAAUGGAAUACAGUAAUACCCCCCAUGAUUCUAUACCAAAGCUGUAGUUGCCUCCAAGCGUUCUUUGUUUUUGGUUUAGUACAGUAAUUGCAAAACAGUAGCUGGGUGUAGUUUGCAUAUGCAGACAGUGUAUAAACCCGAUAUAUUUCUGUACUGAAUUAAUAAGACAUGGCACAUGUAAGCAAACAUACCCACUUCUUCUGCAUUUAGGCAUCCAAGCUCAUGUGCCAGCAGUUACUGUGCCAAGGACAGGUAUAGCUUGUUUUAGCUUGUAGUUUGGUAAGUAAGUUAUAUGUUCUCGUGAAAGACCAUCGUGUCAUUUGUGCAUAGUGAACACAGUAAUAAAUGUUUUUCUGACUAG